AUGGAUCCAUCGGCAGCAUUCACCGACUGCUCGCAGAACCGAAUUAACGAGGAUUACCACGAAUGCGCUCAUGGAAUCACCCAGACCGCUGUCGAGCAGCUCAAGAGAAGCACCCACGAGCACAACAACCAUGGCUGGCGGCGGGUCGUGCUAAACUUCACGCCGUCAUGGUUCUCCAUCACGAUGGGCACAGGGAUCGUGUCGAUCCUCCUACACAACCUGCCUUACAACGGCAGGUGGCUGUACUGGAUUUCCGUGGGUAUUUUCGGCCUCAACGUCCUCCUCUUCACCGUAUUCUUCGUAAUAUCUCUCGCACGAUACACCAUGUUCCGGGGCCUUUUCCGGUUCAUGAUCCGCCACCCCGUUCAGUCCCUCUUUACCGGUACAUUUCCCAUGGGCUUAGCAACCAUUGUCAACAUGGUGACAUUUGUCUGCGUCCCGACUUGGGGACCCUGGGCGACAACGCUGGCCUGGACACUGUGGUGGAUUGACGCCGCCAUCGCCGUGUCGACCUGCUUCUAUCUGCCGUUUGUCAUUAUGCACAAACACGAAAGUGAGCUGUCGCGCAUGACCGCGGCCUGGCUCCUACCUAUUGUGUCGACUAUUGUGGCCGCAGCGUCCGGUGGCAUCGUUGCGGAAGUCCUCCCGAAUCCGCAACACCAGCUCUGGACCGUCAUCAUGUCGUACAUCCUUUGGGGUACCGGGUUUCCGCUUGCCAUGGUGGUGCUGGUCAUGUAUUUCCACCGACUAACCGUGCACAAGCUGCCGCCUCGAGAGGUCAUUGUCUCCGUCUUUCUUCCGCUCGGCCCUCUAGGCCAGGGAAGCUUUGCCAUCAUGCAGCUGGGCAAGGUGGCAAAAGAGGUAUUUCCAGUUACGAGAACGCUCGGCGCCAAUACCGGCGCUGUCUUCUACGACCUGGGCAUCGCCGCUGCGCUUGUCAUCUGGGGCUACGGCCUCGUCUGGCUAUUUUUCGCCCUGGCCAGUGUCACUCGCAGCAAGUUUCCCUUCAAUAUGGGAUGGUGGGGCUUCACCUUCCCUCUCGGCGUCUACAGUGUCGCGACGACAACUCUGGCCAAAGAUCUCCCCAGUGCCUUCUUCCGGAUCCUGGGCACCAUCUUCUCUUUGACUGUUGUCAUCCUGUGGGCGGUGGUCUCUAUCGUAACACUGGCCAGAGUCUGCAAGGGUGAAUUGUUUUACGCUCCGUGUGUACAAGCAUACGAAAAAGAACAAGCGUUCAGAGACCUGCAAAGAAGGCAGUCUGACACAAUCGUCAAGAACACGGGUGAUGUGGAAGCUUAG